AUGGUGGGAUGGAUUCCAGAGGAGCUGCUGCUGGCUAAUAGCACCUCCAUGGUCCUCCCGGGUGAUUGUAAUGAUAUCAGUGGUCUUGCUGUAAAAGCCCCCAUCCUCUUCCCCUGUGAAGCAGGACCAGCAGCCCCUCUGCAGAAAGCUGGUAGUUGUGAGCCCAACAACUGGGAACAAUCUGACAUGAACUGGAUAGAGGAGAGGUUCCGCAUUGACAGGAAGAAACUGGAGACCAUGCUUUAUGGUCCUUCAGAUGGAACAGGCCUAACAGGAGAGGAGUUCUUCGAGAAGGUAAUGAGGGAAACCAACACUCAGGUGAAAUGGCCAUCAAAGCUGAAGAUUGGAGCCAAGUCAAAGAAAGAUCCACAUGUAAAAGUGGAAGGAAAGACAGACGACGUCCUGGAAGCCAAGCGGAAAAUUCUGCAACUUUUAGAGACGAAGGUUAAUAAAGUCACUCUGAAGAUGGAUGUCACUCAUACUGAACACUCUCAUGUGAUCGGUAAAGGGGGAGGAAAUAUCAAAAAAGUCAUGGAGGACACUUCUUGUCACAUCCACUUCCCUGACUCGAAUCGCCACAGUGUUAAUGGAGAGAAAAGCAACCAGGUUUCAAUCGCUGGACCAGUGCAGGGUGUGGAGUCUGCUCGGAGAUACAUCAGAGAUCUGCAGCCUCUGGCGCUGACCUUUGACCUGCCGCUGACCCUGAUGAGCGGGGUUGUUACAGAUGCGAGCUCACCGCUGAUUCAGCACGUAGCACAGGCGUUUGGAGUGAGCGUGACAUUCAGAACGCAACCCAAACUGUACUGUUCCACCUGCGUGGUACGAGGCCUGCAAGGAAACUGCACCGCUGUGAAGAAGGCUACGUCCAUCCUAAUGGAGCUGCUUCUGGGCCGGGAGGUGACAGCGGUUGCCGGGGUAGCGGGUGUCGUAGUGAGCACUCAGCUGGAUGUGACGUCUCAGCAGCACCUCUUCCUGCUGGGCCAGAACGGAGCUAACUUCUUCAACGUUAUGCACCAAACACACACACAGAUCGUACUGCCUGACCUCACUGCCCCACAGCACACACCCUCUCUACUCAUCCAGGGCACCGCUGAUGGAGUGUGUCUCGCAAGAAAACAACUCAUGGAGUGCCUGCCCGUGUGUCUGAUGUUCGAGAUGAAGGACGAGGGUGAAUCAGACCCUCGCAAACUCGCACAGAUGAUGCAGAGUCUUGGAGUCUUCAUCAGUGUCAAACCAAAGGCUAAACAGGCUGCUAAGUCUGUAGUGGUGAAGGGUUUGGAGAGGAACAUAGCGAAUUUGUACGAGGCCAGAAGACUCCUACUUGGCCUUGACUCCUGUGAGGUCUCCAUGGCAACAAAGGACUCAUAUGAGGUGUCUAUAGUACCAAAGUCCGCAAUAGACCCCCUGUUGGCCAACAGUGGAGUUACAAACUACUGGCUGAACAUGCUAAUGCAGCAGCUGCAUGUCACGGAGACAGGCACUGUCACCAUGCUGGAUUCGGCUUCAAACCCUGCCCCUGUGAAGCCACGCCCCUCUCCGCCACCUGGACUGGCUGCCCCUGCAGACGAGGGCCGAAUGGGAUUAAGGGGGACAGACACUAAAUUAGAGAAGAUCCUGGAGAAUGAGGAUCAGUUGACAAAUGCAGCAAGUGAGCACUCAGGAAUACAGGCUCCAGAGGUCAAAGAGGUCACUGUGAAGACUGCAGGAUCAGUCCGAAGAAACAGCCAGUCAGAGGCAUACAGUAGGUCUACAAGGAUGGAGGUGGAUGGUGUGUAUUAUAACAGAGACAGACGUUGUAGUCUCAGGCUCUUUCCCUCUCUGGAUUCAAACUCAAGUAAUGAGAAACAUGAAUAUGAGAGGAAGAAACUUCUCGCAACUCAAGCAAUGCAGAAAAAGCCAGUAGUGACUGAGGUUCGGACCCCCACUGACACAUGGAGUGGUCUGGGUUUCUCCAAGUCGAUGCCUGCUGUGGCUGUUAAGGAGCUACGCAGUGUGAGCCGCCGCUGUUACAGACCCUACCUCAAUAAUCAACAGUCAUGGAACUCUCAAAGUAGCAUGGAUAGAGCGUGUAACGGCAGCGAUUCAGAGAACUGGAGAGAGAGACGAGGAUCUGCAUCACCGUCACCUGCAUCCUCCUGCUCUUCAUCCUCUCCAACCUCCUCCUCUUCAUCAGCCAUGAUGGUCUUUAGUUCCUGUUCAGGACACAUCACUACAGACAAAACACCUGAUGGAGUCAUUAAUGGCAGCAGCUACUAUGAAGGUGUAUCCAGAGCACUGAUUGGUGGAUCUCCCAGCCCUCCUCCUCAGCCAAAAGACAAUCUGCUGGAGCUACUGAUUCAGCUGGGCCUGAAUAAAUAUACCACUGUAUUCCAGGAGCAGGAGAUUGAUUACCAAACGUUCCUCACUCUUUCUGAAGAGGAUCUGAAGGAAGUGGGUGUAUCCACAUUUGGGGCCAGGAGGAAGAUGCUGAUGGCUAUUUCUGAUCUGAAUAAAAGUAAGAAGAAAGUCCCUGAAGCUCCUGCAGUUAAGUCUGGCUAUCUAGAGGGUGGAGCUAGUGGCCGACUUCCACGAAUCAUGGACAAGGAUGUGGCUGCUAAGAGUAACCGCUGGUGA